AAUAUACCCCUAUGCUCCUCGAGGUUCAGGUAUAAUAAAACAGUUGGAAAAAAGUGCCAAGUAGGAAGUGUCUCAUUAUUUGGGGCAUACGUUCAACAUUUGUUGUAGAUGUCAGAUGUGUUCCCAUUUUGUUUCCGGCCAGUAAGUGAGCGAAAAUGUCAACCCCCUGUGGCAAGUGCACCAACUGCCCUUGCGGCGUAAGUGGUAGCAUAGCGACAACAGGCACGCCACAGCAGCCCCGCUCCCAGCCACCGCCACCCCCGCCCCAGCAGCAACCACCAGAGGAUCUAACGUACUCGCAGAUGCCUCCACAACAACGGCAAUCAGAAUACCAGUCGGACCAAUACCAGCAACAAAUAUACCAGCAGCAGCCUCGCUAUCAAUCAACUUUGCAGCCACAGGAAGCACGCUAUCAAUCGACCUUGCAGCCGCAGGAACCGCGUUAUCAAUCAACUUUGCAGCCACAGGACUCCACCCAGAUACAAGAAGCUAGAUACCUACCAAUAGCGCAAUCCCCACCACAGCAAGGCCAACCGCAACAACCAGGAACCGGAGGGGGAGGAUGUCACGGCUACUGCCAAAGAUUCCAAGGACAAUACCCCCCGGAACAAUGUACGACAGAUGCUGCACCGCGAUCCACAGGAUACCGCCAAGAUCCAGCAUUCCGCCAGGAUCCGUCGUUCGUUCAAUACCAGUCGGCCCCCAGCCCCCAGGCAGUGAGGCAAACAUACCCCAUGGCGCAAUCACCACCACAAUACGCCGCAGGACAACUAUCGCCGCAGUAUCCCCAGGCACAGUCGACGCCACAGUACUCGCCACCACCGCUGCCGCGAGAGCAGUCCUACGUGGCGCCACAGCAAGUGGGGGGCUACGACCAGCCAAUGUCGCAGCCAGAACUGCAGCCGGGGCAGAAGCAAACGGAAGUGGCGAGCUGUGUUUUACCAACUACAAAAGUUCAAAAGAGAAAAAACGCCACCAUGAGUUGCAAUUGCGGUAAAAACAGGACCCGCAAUACGAAAAUUGGACCUGGUGGUCGCAAACGUCCGGUAGCAGCAACGGGUGCAGGGCAGCCAGAGGAGGACGACCUGCCAGUUGCGGAUACCUAUACGUGCACUCGUCCCCAACGAAAGCCAGAUUCUCUGCAGGAAGGGCCCGGGAUGGUGCCCGGAGUACCGGCGUUGCGAUGCAACUGCCACGAGAAGAAGAAAGUGGACUGUUUCUGCAAAACGCCGGUCAAGCCAACCGCGAAAGAAGCACCACCCCCUGCUAGGGAACUCACUCAUGCCUACGUGGGCUGCGGUCAGCCCUAUUCGGGUCCACCGACGUACCAGGCUAACGGGAGGGGCAAAUGCGGACACUGUUCGCAUAAAAAGAAGUGUGCUAUUCAGUGAUCGAUCCGAACAGGCGUAGCAGGC